CACUAAUUCAAAACCCAUUUAGUUCCAGUACAGUUGAUGACGAUGAUAGACAAACAAAACAUUCUGUUGUAGACCAUUCGAACAGCACUGUUACUUCUGUAAUAUCUCCUAUACGGGACGAUCGCACAGUUCAACAUAACAAAAGACCAUUGUCUUUGUGUGAUGCUUAUAAUACGUCGGAUGAUGUUUUAUCACUUGAAAAAGAAAAUCCUAUUUCGAAGAUCCUAGAGAGGGAACAUAGUGCAAUAGAUAUUCGUAAUGACGAAUCUCAUUCUCGAGAGGAUAGUCACAAAUCGGAUGGUAGAUCAAAUUCCACAGAUCAUUGUUUGGCAGUGAUGAAACAAACUAGUGAUGAAUGCGAUUCUAAUAAGUCCACGGCUGCGUCAUUGGUAGACGAUACCAAGACAAAUACAACAAAAAAUGGUAGUACUACAACUUUACAACAACAGUCAACAAAUUUAUCCACCAUAUCAGGAUCUGUUGGUAAAUUAAAUAACUCUAUGGACAGUAAUGUGCGAGGAAAGGCUAUUGUUGGAAAUUUUAGAGGCGGUUCCAUCAAUGUAAUUACAUUGCGCCAGCAGCAAUCUGUAUCACAAAGCCAAGGAGGGUAAAUCAUCUACCACUGAAGCGAGCAGCGAUUCAUUAGUUUCAGUGAAUACAUCAAAUUCUAAUCAAUUAAUCACAACAUCAAACAGUAACAACGACAAUGACUCCAUGCCGUCAGGAACAUCAGGAACACGUUCUUCAACAUUAUCAGUAGAAGGAGACAUAAAGUGUGUAACAGAUCAGCGUCACUUAACACAACAAGGUGUAACAGAAAAACUGAAUGCUUCUUCCACAGUUAGCUCCAACACUGACAAUGAUAAGCAUCAUCUUGAUGGCAAUAAUGCUCCAGUUAACACCACGAUGAUAUUCGACAACACGAACUUCAAAUCAGCCGUAUCCGCGUUGAGUGUAAACAACACAAACACAGUGGGUGAUUGCGGCGGAACGGGUGUAGACGCUUCCAUAACGAAUCUGAAACGUCAACAAAGUGGCAAUAGUGUCAUAAAUGUUGAUUCAAAAGUAAAAUCAGGUUUAAUGAAUGAGAAAGUUAUUACUGGUGCUUCUAAUGCAGUUGGUUCAAUAAUGAAGUCACCACAAUCUUUGACAUCUAAUACGUCAGCACAUCGUCCAACAACUUCGAUACCAGUAACGACAUCAAGUGAAGGAAGUUCGCAACAUAGCAUCGUUGGUAAUUCUCAAAGAACAGUGCUUUCUGCAGGUGUUACAAAACAACAGUCGUCCACUAUUAUCACAAGUACCCUGCAAGGAAUUCCGUUUCAAAAAAGUGAGACCGAUUAUAAGGAAGUAAAACCAUUUGCCUUUGAGACUGAUAUUAGCCAUUUAAUUGAAGGUGACAAAGGUAUUAAGCAACAAUCUACAGUAUCGGCUGGAUUGUGUUUAUCAAAAUCAAUAGAAGUCGACGGAGGUAACGGUCAUGGAAGAGUGUCUGCGUCAGUACAAAAUAUAAUUUCUCCUUCGACAGCCGAUUUGAACAUGAAAAUAGCAAGUGUAAAGAAAGUUUGGGAAAUGCCCACUGUACCAGAACAAACAGGAUCGGGAACAGUAAAUAGUGGCGGCGGAGGUAGUGCUACAUGCAACGUCAAUAUGGCAAAUGAACAUUCAGUUAGUGGUAGUGGAAAUGUUCCUAGUGGAAAUAAUGUUCAUUUAAAAUCAAAUUUCGUAAGGACACAACAUACAUCCCAUCAACCACAGUAUCAACAUUCCCAUGCUGGAACUGCUGGUCAUCACUCUCCCAGC